UUUAAAAAGUAGUAAGAAAUGACCAAAAGUUUCUACGAGAAAUAUCAGAUUUUUAUUUUAUGUAAGGAAGAUGUUUGGAGGGGAGAUUUCAACUUUAUCAUCUUCAUCGUUUGACAACUUUAGCUUAUAGGCAAUCCAAGCACACUUUGAAUUUAGUGAACAAAUGUAUAUAUGGGCAAUGUCCUCAGUUUUUUAAGAACUAUUUUACUUUCGAUAAGCAUUUAUAUAGCCGUGAUACUCGCCAAAAAAAUUUAAUCCAUCUACCUUCGGUACGGAGAGAAAUUGCAAAACGAUCGUUUUAUUACUAUGGAUCCAUAAUUUAUAAUUCAUCAAAGUAGAGUAAUUUUUACAUACAUAAUUUUAAAUUCAGAAAUCUAAAGCCUUAUAAAUGUGUUUUAUAUCUUCGUGUUUGUAUUUCACAUGAAAUUGUAAUGUAUUUUAUUUAGUUUACACUCGGGGCUCCUAUUGAUAGCAGGUGGCUCUUUAGGGCUUCUGACGGGGCUACCCUGAGGUUUAUUUUUAUUUUUAAAUAAAGGCAUCCAUCUAUCCAUUCAGAUCAUUGCAUACUAAAUUUUGUUCAAUCUUCUAUCAGAUUAACCACAUACAAUAUUCUCUCCUGUUUGUUGCUGCUUAAAUUACAGUCGAAGAUGUCUCAAACAACUUCCCCGGAUCCUUUUGGUCGCUCGAGAACACAAAUUUCCUUCGAUGUAGCCUUCGCCAUUCUGGUUUGCCUCGCUUCCAUACUCGGUAACGUGCUGGUUAUUUAUGUAAUUAAUAAAUACUCCGAGAUGAAAACCAUCACCACUAUUCUCAUUCACAAUCUUGCACUGACCGAUAUCUUCAUGGCGACCCUUAAUAUGCCGCUCUGGGCUGCAAGCUUGUACACUGGAAGGUGGAAUUUUAGCCAGGGAUGGUGUGAUAUUUCCGCAACAGUGUUACGUACUAUGGGUGUGGCCUCCAUGCUAAAUAUGAGCUUAAUUGCCCUGAACAGGUACAUAAUAGUCGUUAAGCGAGCCUUGUAUAUCAAGUUCUUCCCCAGUAAAAGAGUUGCUUGGUUGUACUGUGGCGUCGUCUGGCUAGUUUCUGUUUCAAUCAGCGUACCUAUGUUGUUCGGAUGGGGAAAGAUAAAAUUCCACUCAGAUUCCUUUCUUUGUAUCUUAAGCUGGAAGGAAGGAAACUUUACCUUCGCCAUAAUGCAAGCAGCAAUGUUUAACGUGACAACAUGUACGAUAUUUUACUGCUAUUGGAAAAUUUACCAAAAAGUGAAGGAAAGCACAAACAACAUUAACUCAAACGCCACGCAAAAUGGUGUCGGUGCACCAAGGUUUGAUCGUACUGAUAUCAAACUUUUAAAGACUUGUUUCACAGUUGUUUGCUUCUUCAUAAUGACAUGGGGUACUACAUUUAUAGUCGUUUCUAGAACUGCUGCUAGGGGGUAUAUUCCACCUGAUGUGACUAAGGUAACUGCGUAUUUGAUGUACUCCAGUAGUCUGGUAAAUCCAAUCAUCUAUGGGGUUAUGAAUCCGCAGUUUAAAGAGGCCUUCAAAAAGGCGCUAUGUUGUGGUUGUUAUGGCAACGAUAAUGCUGAUCAGAACCAUGCCAGAAUUGUAGAGUAAGUGACCC